AUGCCCAUCCAUUCGUACACGUGGAUCUUCGUUGUGACGCUGAUAUUCUCCCUCCUCGACGCCUAUGCCAUCGGUACGAACGACGUCGCCAAUUCCUUCGCCACGUCGGUGGGAUCGCGGUCGCUUACCCUUAAGCAAGCCGUGUGCAUCGCCUUCUUCACUGAAUUCGGAGGAGCGGUCGCUCUUGGCGCUACGACGGCCGAUACAGUCAAGGACAACAUUAUCAAUAUCAACAUGUUCAGCAGUCGGCCAGACCUUCUAAUGUCAGGCUUCAUGUGCGCGUUAAUAGCGUCCUCGGCAUGGGUCAUGAUUGCGAGUACUCUAGGCUUCCCUCUUUCUACCACACACUCCAUAAUCGGUGCGCUUAUCGGAGUUGGCAUUAGCGCAUACGGAAAGGACGCGGUGAACUGGGGAUGGGAGGGUAGAGGCGUGGCGCAGAUCGCAACAUCUUGGGUCCUAGCUCCUUGUCUAGCGGGCGUCCUCGCAGCAGCGAUCUACACAAUCACACUCUUUGCUGUCAUGAAUCGGAGAAACUCUCUCCGAGCAGGAAUCUGGGCCGUUCCUUUCUUCUUCACCAGCACCAGCUUCAUCGUCAGUUUCUAUGUCUUCGCCAGAAACAGCCGGUGGGGAUUUUUGAAUGAAGAGGGUGUUCAUAGCAGCAACAUUGGUUUGACAUUUGCUAUCACAGGGGCGAUCACAGGCGCGACUCUUAUCUUUUCAGUUGGGUUCCUUGUCCCAUUCUUCAUCCGACGGCUGGAGAAAGAGGAGAGCCUCAGGUGGUACCACGUGUUCUGCAUCCACUGGCUGCCAGAGCAGCCGCAUGACACCAAGAUCGACACAUACUUGAAACGAACCUUCACCCCGCAGCUGCUGAACGAUGACGAAAAAUCAGACCUCGGAAUGCCUGUAGAGGACGAGGAGGAGGAAGAGCACAAAGAGGAGCGGUGGGAGCAGCAAAAGCUCAAGCACAGAAGCCUUGUCAUGCGGCUCGCCCACCACAUCAAAUGGCUGCUCAUGCGCACACUAUACAUCGACGUCGCGUCGGUGCAGCGGCGGAACAAGGGUGCAGUGCGCGCGCACGAGGUGGCGAUCCUGUACGACAACAAGACAGAAUACCUGUACUCGCUGCUGCAGGUGGUCACAGCGUCCUUUGCCAGCUUCUCCCAUGGCUCGAAUGAUGUUGCCGGCUCGCUGGGGCCCCUGGCAGGGGUGUACCAGCUGUGGGAGACUGGCACCUUCUCAACAUAUGCCAGCAUUCCCUACUGGAUGCUUGUCAAUGCCGGGUUGAUGAUCGACCUCGGUCUUGCCCUUUACGGGUACAACAUAAUGCGCAACCUGGGCAACAACAUCACGUACCACUCGCCCUCCCGUGGUUUCUCCAUGGAGCUAGGCGCCGCCCUCGCAGUCCUCACCGCCUCCUUCCUCGCUCUACCGGUCUCCACCACUCAGUGCAUUGUGGGCGCCACAGUGGCCGUGGGGCUGUGCAACGGCAAGUGGAGAGCUAUUAACUGGGGCAUGGUGGCCAUUGCUGGGUUCGGCUGGGUGAUCACUCUCCCUGUCGCCGGUACGGCCGCUGGGCUGCUCUAUGCGGUUCUCACUCGUGGCCCCAGCUUCACCUUGCCGCCCUCGCAGUGA